CUAGGUCAAUCUGCACUCCCAAGACCGGUUGCAGUCAGCGUGUGAGCAACGGUCAUGCCCCUGUGGCGUGGCUAAGCUGAUAAAAAGGAGGAGCAGCAAGAGAUCUGUGGAGGACAAAGGGUCCCGUCCUGAGGCUUUCCACACCACUUAUCAGCUACGAUGGCACUGAUUCUGGUUGCCUUUACGCUUGCUGCAAUUCCAACAGCCUACUGCUAUUCCGUUACUUUCCAAGACCUGAGUGGGGCUAAUGCGAACAGGACCUCCAUUAAGUUCCUGGCAUUUGGUGACUGGGGAGGUGUGCCUUACCCUCCUUAUAGGACUGUGGUACAAAAGGCCACUGCUCAUGAAAUGAAUAAAGUAGCAGAGCAGAUGGGAGCUGACUUUGUUUUGGCCCUUGGUGAUAACUUCUACUUCAAAGGUGUGGACAGAGUGGAUUCUCCGAGAUUUAAGGACACCUUUGAGGCUGUGUACACAGGAAAGUCCCUCAAUGUCCCCUGGUAUGUUCUAGCUGGCAAUCAUGACCAUGCAGGAAAUGUCAAUGCCCAGAUUGAAUAUUCAAAGAAAUCUACAAGAUGGAACUUCCCUUCCUACUACUAUGAGCUGGACUUCCGCAUCCCGAACACAGACAAGACGCUGACCAUCAUCAUGCUUGACACCGUGAUUUUGUGCGGCAACUCUCUCGAUUUUGUGAAUGAGAAGCCCAGAGGCCCCUUGAGUGUAGAGGAUGCAAACCGCCAGCUGACAUGGCUGGAGAAAAGAAUGGCUCAGUCCAAGGCCAAUUUUCUCCUGGUGGCCGGUCACUACCCGGUGUGGUCGGUGUCCGAACACGGGCCCACAGAUUGUCUCCUGCGGGGCGUUCGCCCCCUCCUGCUGAAAUACAACGCCACUGCCUACUUUUGCGGCCAUGACCACAAUCUGCAGUACAUUGAGGAGUCUGAGGUGGGCUACGUAGUGAGCGGCGCUGGAAACUUCCUGGACCCGGAUAUCCGCCACUGGAAACAUGUCCCCAAAGGUUCCGUCAAGUUUUUCACUGGCCAGGCGUCCACGCUCGGUGGCUUUGUUCAUGCAGAAGUCACGCAGAACAAGAUGAUGCUCACCUUCUACCAGGCUAAAGGCACUUCUCUCUAUCGCACAGUGCUCUCACCAAGGAAUGGCAUGUAGAUGACAAAGGACCUUUGCAUCCAAAUUCUGCAUGUUUUUAAAUCUCUCUCUCUGUCUAUCCUCUCUGACCUUUGCAAUCUGAUGUUAUAGAAGGAAUCAUUUUUUUAUAUCUUAGUCUGAAGUUUUGAGGGGAACCCCGAUAGGAUCUGAACUAAACGGCCUUUGCGCUAAUAGCUAAUACUGCAAGGGUUGUGUAUGAAAGAGCAUUGUAACCGAUUACAACUGAUGAACUGUUUUCAAUGUAAACAAGUCUAAAUUUUACUCUCAGCGUUGUUCAUGAAAACCUGGAAAAAGAUGACUCGCACUACUUGUCAUGCGCUUUCUGGUGAAGAGAGUGGAAGAUAAAUGGUGGAUUGACCUUCUGCCGUCGAUUCAGGUGAGGAUUUGUAAAAUGGAAUCCUUGCAUACGCUCAAGAAAAAAAUGUAUGCGUGAAUUCUGACUGACAAGAUAAACCAGUUGCUCUCAGUUAUGGACUAGUCAGACUCAAGUCUUAUUCUGCUAUGCACAUGGUUGCAUAUGUCAUUCCGGGCAUUAUCUCAACAGAGGUAGCUCUUACCCCCUUUUUUCCUCCCCAAUUUCACUCUUUGGAUAAAUUUGAGAAUGAAAAAUGAGUAAAUGACGAUCACGUAAUUUUCCAUCAGUUUUCCGUUUGUUGAACAGUUUAGUAUUUGUAAUUCCCUCCUCGUGUUGUACUGCAUGGUUGCUUGGCGCUAAUCAAAUUGAUGUAUGUUGGGAUGAGCAGUAAGGCUCUCAAAGCAUUACAGCACUUCAGUCAGACUAGGAAGGUGGGUCUCUACUUAAUAGUUGCACUUGCGGACAGACCACACACCAUUUGGCAAAAUGCCUUUUCUUUUGCGUCCCUUUUAUGUAAAUAAAUAUAAUCAUUGUGAAAAUAAAA